AUGAACUCCAACGAGCAUAACCCGAAGGACCAAUGGCCCGGGGAAAACAUCUCUGAUUCUCCAAUUUACGACACGAAUGGCAAAAUCAAGCUAGUCACCAUUGUAACCCUCUCCACCAUAGCCAUAAUAAUGGCCCUUUCCUAUCUCUACGAUCGCUGGUAUCUCCCCCGCUCUAGGAGUCACCACAUUCGCCGCCGCAGUCGUAACAUGUUUUUCUUCGCCACCGAUCCUUCUCCUGCUUCGGUAACCGCCUCACGCGGCCUCGAUCCCGCCGUCGUGAAAUCCCUCACCGUUUUCGCUUUCUCCGACGCGACGCACAAGGAUCCGAUUGAUUGCGCCGUUUGUCUUUCUGAGUUCGAAGAGGGAGAGUCGGGUCGGGUUUUGACCGGGUGUAAACACGCUUUUCAUUGGCUGACGCUGCGUUCAGGAAAAGAAGUGGACUAUUCUCAUUCAACUUGUCCUCUCUGCCGCUCUCUCGUCGAGCCUCCUGCAACAACGACGACAGUGGAGGAGCAAGUCACGAUCAUCACGAUUUCUCCUGAACUGUGCUCAACCUCAGUAUCUGGAUCUUCUGCGAUGCCGUUGGAUAAUUUAGGGAGGGAACCAGUGGCAAUCGAGACCCCUAGGAGGAGUUUGUUCGAAGACGAUUUGACACGGUACUUACUAGCGAAUCACUCGUUUACGUCGCCGACGAAUCGGAUGUUAUCGUUUACUCGGAUGUUGAGCAGAAAAGGAAGAAUCGCCCCGUCUUCUUUUGCUGGAGCUCCGUCUCAAUCGCCAUCGUCAAGCUGUCAAAUAGUGAUGACCGAAUCGGAUAUCGAGCUGGGAGAGAAGAAGAGAUAA